ACAUGUGAUAGGCAGCAAUGGAGCCAGUGCUGAAUCUGAAUAAUGAGGUUGUAAAGUUGAGGAAAGAUGUGAAGAAGGUUAAAGUUCUGAUAAUUCGCAAACUUACUCGACACAUCGCAAAGCUGAAAUCUAAAAAGGGGACAGAAGAACUAAUCCUUAAGAAUCAGAGGAGAGCCCAGAGAUUGCUUGAGGAAAUCCAUUCUGUUAAGGAGCUCAAACCAGAUGAUGUUACUAAAACUGCUUUAAGGAAAGAAAUCAGUUUUGAAAAAGUAUGCAAAAAGCCUAACAGCACUGCUGAGGAGCGAGCAUUAGCAAGACUGGCCACACACCCUUUGCUUAAGCAGAAAAUCACAGCUAUUAAAGAGGCUAUUAAAGCUUUUAAAGAUGCAAGAAAAACUGCUGCUGAAGGGGAGAGGGAAAGAGAGAAGGACGAACCUGAGCAGGUCACAAAGAUUAAAGAAACCAAAAAGCCUGUACAAGCAAAGCUAAAUAAAAAUACAGAAGAGAUAAAAUCAGCAAAAGAACAUGUAAAAGAAGAGAAAUGCAAAAACCUGCUAGAAGAUUCAGAUAAGGGCACUGAAAAAGCUCUUGAACUACCUUAUGUGCAAGAGAACUUGCCUGAGCAGACAGCAGAAAACAAGGAACAGCCUAAGGCCCAAGAUGUGGAAAGGCCAGCAGUGGAAAGGCCAGCAGUGGAAAGGCCAGCAGUGGAAAGGCCAGCAGUGGAAAGGCCAGCAGUGGAAAGGCCAGCAGUGGAAAGGCCAGCAGUGGAAAGGCCAGCAGUGGAAAGGCCAGCAGUGGAAAGGCCAGCAGUGGAAAGGCCAGCAGUGGAAAGGCCAGCAGUGGAAAGGCCAGCAGUGGAAAGGCCAGCAGUGGAAAGGCCAGCAGUGGAAAGGCCAGCAGUGGAAAGCCCUCCUAAAAAGAAAGCUUGCUUGGAGCAAGAACUAGGUUGUGAGUUAAGUGAUAUUGAAGAUUCAGACAAAGAGAAAGAGUAUUUUGAUGACAGCACAGAGGAGAGGUUUUAUAAGCACUCAUCUAGUUUUGAGGAUAGUGAUAGUGGCAGCGACAAUGACUUUUUUAUUGGCAAAAUUAGAAGAACAAAGAAAAAGAAGUCAGACAAAGAUGGCAGCAAGCAGAAGGAAGAAAAAGUGCCACCUACUAAAGAAAAAGCACAAACAUCAGAAGUACAGAAAGAGAUUCCAACUGCUAAAUCUAUGAAAUUAAAAUCCGUUUUUUGCAAGUCUUUAUCACAAACCGAACCAAAGCCUUCCUUUACAAAAAGAGAAACAAACUUCCGACAGGAGAGAAACAAAAGACCAGUUAUGCCGCAGGCAAGUCCACUGGCAAAGAAACCAUUACAGAGCAAAGCCACAUCUGUGAGGCAACCGGGCAGAAAACUAGAAGCGCAGCCGCUACACCCCUCGUGGGAAGCCAGCAGGAAACGCAAGGAACAGCAGGCUCAAAUUACAAAAUUCCAAGGGAAAAAGAUAGUUUUUGAUGAUUAGAAUACUUUUUAAAGACUUAAUAUUUCUUUUACACAAACAACUCUUUUUUUGCCUGCAGCAAAUUCCUAUAUUAAACAGUUAAUGCAUAACA